AGCGGGCAGUGGUGGCGCGGCGACCCGGAGGCAGCUCUGCUAGAGUGGCGGCGGGACGGAGGCUGGGCUGGGGAGCUGGUGGUGGCGCGGACCUCAGCGCCGACGCCGGGACUCUGCUCACCCCGACACUGAUCUCUGCCUGGCAGAUUAACCAAAGGCAAGGAGGACCAAUCUUGACUCUGUUCUGAUUGCUGGCUUUCACGGACGUCUGUGAUAGACUGGAGGCCCAAGCUCACGGUGCUGCUGCCCUGCUCGCCCCAGACGUCUUUCUGGGGUCUACUUGAGGUCAGCAGGGUGAAGAUGAGCAGCAUUCUCUUAGCAUGACGACCUUGGACCAUGUUGUCGCUACCCACCAGUCAGAGUGGGUCUCCUUCAGUGAAGAGCCCCUGUUCCCCGCCCCUUCAGAGGGGGCCACAGAAGAACACUUCCCAGGAUCAUCAUCUUCCUCAGACCCGUCUGAGAGCUCCUCCGGGGAGAACCCUGCCGUGGAUGGAGGCUGCCAGGACCUUUCACACUCGGAGCAGGAUGACUCCUCUGAGAAGAUGGGCCUCAUCUCUGAAGCGACCACCCCUCCCGGGAGCCCAGUGCAGCCCACGCCUGACCUGGCCUCAGCCAUCAGCAACUGGGUCCAGUUUGAAGAUGACGCACCUUGGAGCAGCACCUCACCACCUCACAAGGAAACCGCCCUUACAUUGACCAUGCCUUGCUGGACCUGCCCUUCCUUCGACUCUUUAAGAAGGUGCCCUUUGACCUCCGAGAGCAGCUGGACGACCCAUUCCGAGGAUACCAGCAGUCCUAGUGUUGCUCCUUCAUACACAGACCUGCAGCUCCUCAGUGCUGAGGAGCAGGCAAGCGGCCGGGCUUCCAGGACCGACUCCACGGGAUAUCAUUUAUCAAGAUGGCACUUGCUGCUUGAUCUGAAUUGGAUUCCUGGGACCCACUGGCUGCCAUAAAUUGGCCUUUGACUUCUCCACAUGAGCUACGACAUGCAUGUGCAUACAGCCC